CGGGGGCGCGGAGAGGGCGCGGGUCCGGUUGUUAUGGUGAGGCGUUUUCCCCGAGGACCGCCCGGAGCAGGAGGAGCGGCGGCAGCAGCGGCUCACUCGGCUUCACCGGAGCCGCCGCUGACAGUCGGAGCAACAGCAUCGCCCUGAACCUAUGCGUAAGGCUGCAAAGUGUGUGUCGAGCCACAGGGUGUGUCAAUCAUUAAUGAAAAGCAUCUCGGGUUUCCUUCAGGAGAGGAGUGGGAGCGGAGGGAGUGAGCGUAGGAGCUCAGGGGUUAAAGAUAACCGAAUUAGGAGAGCAUUGUAGACGGUGUCACUGGAAAACGUCUCAAAGUCCUCGAUGUCUUCACGCCUGACUUUCAUACUUUGAAGAUCUGCCAAAAAGAUCACAAUGGACUGGUUUAAACCUGAUACUACUUUGGACUGACUUUUGAAGUCUGGAUACAGUUGUGACUAAGAAUCUACAAUGAAGCAUCUAACCUACACAGAGGUUCCUCUUUUUCAGCACCAGCAUUAGUCUCUGUCUUUCACUCCGCUGGCCAAGUAGCCCACAGUUGAUAUGGAUGGGAUGACUCGACGUUGGCCCCAGUCCACAGACUGGAUGCUUGGGUUUUGGGCUCCUUUCUGUCCACGUGUGUCCUUGUCAAGAUUUUUGGGGUUGUAUUUGUAAAAUGGGCAAGAAACACUGCGACAGAUCAACAUGUUGCUUGUUACUAAAAUCAUGGAGAUAUCUGUCACCUGAUUAUAAAACAUGGAUUCAUUCAUUUGAACCGUUUUGCUGCUUGUUCAAAUAUUUUAUAUGAGAAGAAAUUGAUCGUGUCGACCUGUUUGGCCUCUGCAAAGGCCCCAAGGGAGGCAUAGGAACAUUUAGUAAAACCUGAAUUUAUUCUUCUCGUGGAUUAAGAGAAGCACAACCAGCGAGGCCACAGUGAGCGCUCUUGGCGUUGUGGCGACAUGGCAGCCGAUCACGGCGAGCUGCUGGCGGAGAUGGCCACGGUGGGACGCCUGAGCGGCACCGAGCGCCUGAAGCACGCCCAGAAACGCCGAGCUCAGCAGCUCAAGUCGUGGGCGCAGAUGGAGAAGGACGCAGCACGAGGUUCAAGGGCCAAAGCCGAUAGGAGGAAGAAGCGUACCAGCAAAGUGACCUUCACCCACGCCGUCACCCUGUUGGAUGCGGCUGCACGCAACGACGUGGAGGAGGUGAGGGAGCUGCUGAAUAGCGGCGUCAACCCGGAUCUGGUCAAUGAGGAUGGACUGACAGCGUUACACCAGUGCUGCAUCGAUGACUUUGUGGAGGUGGUGAAGUGCCUGCUGGACGCUGGUGCUUGUGUGAAUGCCUGUGACAGUGAGCUGUGGACCCCGCUGCAUGCUGCUGCCACCUGUGGACACACUGGUUUGGUGCAGCUUCUGAUUCAGGCUGGUGCUGACCUGCUGGCUGUCAAUGCGGACGGCAACAUGCCGUAUGACCUCUGUGAGGAUGAGGCCACCCUCGAGCUGCUGGAGAUGGUUAUGGCUGAACAGGGGAUAACUCAGGACCGCAUUGAUGAAUGCAGAGGGGCUAAAGAGGUGAUAAUGCUGGCUGACGUUCAAGCUCAGAUUCAGAGCGGGGCAGACUUAAACGCUCAGGAUGAUAAUGGAACAUCACUGCUUCAUAUAGCAGCUGCUAAUGGAUACAUGUCUGUGGCAGAGCUGCUGGUUGAGAACAGGGCUCAAGUGGAAGUAAAAGAUUGUGAUGGCUGGACGCCGCUACAUGCUGCCUCCUGCUGGGGACAAAUCCAGAUGGUGGAGCUGUUGGUGGCCCAUGGAGGCAGCCUAAACACAAAGUCAGUCCUAGAAGAAACACCUCUGGAUGUGUGUAUGGACGAUGAGGUCAGGGCUAAAAUAAUGGACUUGAAACACAAACAUGAUGCCAUUAUGAAAAGCCAGGACCGGCAAAAGGGCACACUGCAACGACGAGCAUCUAGUACUGGCAGCAGAGGUAAAGUGGUGCGUCGUGUCAGUGUCAAUGAGCGCUCCAGUCUGUACCGACGGGAGCAUCAUAAAGAGGCCAUGGUGUGGCAGGAGCGUGGCCGACAGUCUGAGACACAGGACGAUGAUGAGGACCGGCAAACUGACAACGAGCUGCACCAACAUGCCACCAUGAUUGCUAGUGGAGCAGCGACACCACACUCAGAGGAAAUCGAGACUGCAGACAGAAAACUCAGUCUAGGUAAUGGAGAGACAUCAGUUUCCUUGGCCUUGCCUGGAGAGGUGUGGAGCGGUGGAGGUCUCAUGGAGCGUAGGGCCUCCUACCAGCUCAACCCCGCUUCUGGAGCGGAGGGCGAGGAGGUAGACGGCAUGAGUCGGGAGAAGUCUCACCACACGCUGGCCGACCUGAAACGCCAGCGAGCAGCUGCCAAGCUCAAUAAAUACCCUGCACCUCCACCACCCUUGUCCCCUCCUUUAGAAGAGGAACCUUCUGUUGCAGCAGCAGAGGUGGCAGCCGCUCAGACCCAGCCAGAGGUCCAGGCGACACGCAGCACAGAGCCGGUGGCCUCGCUAGACCAGGUGUACUUUACGCCAGCCAGCGGAGACCCUCCGCUGCUGAAACUGCGAGCCCCAGAGGAGGAGCAGUCUAACAACAAGGAGCCUUGUUGUGGACUAAUGUAGGCUGUAGACCGACUCUGGGUGUUACGCUCCGUAGUGGCAAAAUUAUUUAAAAACAUGCUUGAAAUGAAGCGUUGCAGAAUGCAGGUAACAGCCACAUGCCAAGGAGGGGUUAAGCUAUACUGGGUUUCAGAUGAAUGAAGCGCAAUCGUUUUUGCCUGUUGGGUCCUAGUGAUCCCCGUUGCCUCCUUCAGUUAGAGGCUGCAUGAGCUGAUGGACUUGAAGUGUGCUCCCACGGGAACUCAGAGUUUCAAUGUUGCAAUCACCAGCAAAGUUCUGCUUUCCUCAGACUUUAUGGUUACAACUACUAAAGUUUAAUUUAAAAUCCUCAAUCAUGAAAAUUGAGGUGUCUGCAGGAAUCGGAAUACAGUGGAAAUACAGCUUGAGUUGAUUGAAUUUAAUCAGCAAUGAGUGAAUGAGGUCGAGAUUUUCUUUUUAUUUAUUGAUCGAGCUAAAUGAAACAUGCAAUUAUUUCAGUUACAUCAUAAACAACCAGUUUUAUUUGUAGUUUCAGCACAGUAUAUUUUUGAUUUUAAAUUUAUACAAACAAGGAAAAAUUCUUUGCACUGAAAAUGUAGUGAGUAAUUUCUUUUGUUACAUUUCUAGUGCACAAAAGCUUAAAUUCCAGCAUCUAACAGUGCAAUCUGUAAAUCGUUUUUCUCUCUUUUGCUGUUUUUUUUCUAAACUGAGAUCACAUUAUUUAUUCUAUCUUGUAUUGAAUGUGGUAUUAUACUUUUUUUUAAAAUGUCUAUUAUAUAAUACAGAGGAAAAGUGAGGGCAAACUAUUUUUGUGAUACCAGAGGAAAUGAAGACUUGAUAAUAUAGAUUUGUUGUCAAAGUACUCCUAUUAUAUAGUUUCUCAAAGGUUUGUGCCUUACUUAGGUGGCAGAGAUGAUGUACGUAGGUUUGCAAUGCUUGCACAAUGUCCCGCGUGUAAAUUAGGCGAGCAGUGGGACUAAUGUCAGACCUGGACUCCAGCUUGAUGUACUGUCAAAUGCACUCCCGUUUCUGUAUUGCAUUUCACUUUUGUUAGUGAUUUUUACAGAGCCCUGAUUAGAAAGGUUUAAGAUAAAAACAUGACCUUUUCACAAGUAACACAAGUUUUUUUUUGUGAUUACAUUUGAACCUUAUAGGGAUAUUUUCGUAUGAAACUUUACAUUGCUGUUAUAUUUACAGGUAUUUCUAUUUAUUUCAAUUUACAAAAAUUUAGACAAGAAAACGGGAUGAGUUUCCUUCAACUAAUCUGGUUGAGGAUGUCUCCCCCUGGUGGUCUGAUUGAGAACGCGCCUAUUUUACGCACCCUGCCCUUUCUUUCACCCUUACACUGACAGCACAUCUCAGAUGUCACAGUGUGUUCUGAUCCAUGUGCCAAGGCAGCACAUGAUACACAUAGUAAACAGCUCAGUACUCAUAAAUUUUAAAACUAUUGAGUUGUAAAACUGUUGUAACAUUUCAUAUUGUAGCUUUAGUUUCUUGGUUUGCGCUUGUGAAUUCCUCACACGCAAACAUGCUCCCACAUGCGCCUACAAACUGAUCAGUCUAUCCUGGAUGUGAAACUCCUGCUUAUGUUCAGACAUGUUUCCACUGUGAGUCAAGGCAGCUGACCUACAAAGACGAGUCCUUUUAAAGUUCUGACUAUGACACUUGUCAUUGGGUCCUACUACAAGGUUAAGUGUAGAAGCCUGUAACAUGUUGUGCUGCCAGAUUUCACAGUACAUGUCACACGGCAAGCACAUGGUUGGAUGUGAACCCUUUUAGUGUGGAAUAUCAAAUGUCUUUUCCAAACUCUCUCCAGGACGCCUGGGAAUCUCACACCCUGACCCACUCACACGGAAGCGGUUCCCUCUGCGUCCCACAAAAGACAAGCAAAAUACAAUUUCUGCACACCG